AUCUUGACACGAAACUCCACUAAAAUCUAUCAACUAUCAUCGAAGUGCAUCUUUACGGCAAGUGGGAUGCGCGCAGACAUGAAUGAGCUUACCGAUCAGCUCAAAGCGCAAAUCAAGAAUUACAGAUACGAGAAUAACAAAGAAAUGUCAACAGAGGCAAUCGCGCAAUUACUCUCAAACACAUUGUACAGUCAUAGAUUCUUCCCUUAUUACUCAUUCUCGAUUUUAACAGGACUUUCCGUCAAGGGAGAACCACUCAUUUACAACUACGACGCCGUCGGGUCAUUCCAGGAAGUCGCUUACACUUGUUCCGGUUCCGGUGAAGAAUUGGCGUAUCCCCUUCUUGACGCUUUACUCAAACAAAGAACUGAAGUCUUAUUAGAAAAGGAAGGCGUCAAUAUCGCCAGAGAUGUGAUGACGUCGGCGUGUGAGAGAGAUAUCCACACAGGUGAUGACGUCGAGUUGUAUGUCCUCAACAAGAAUGGAAUCACUUACACCAAGGAGUAUAUGGCGAACGACUAA